AUGGCGGCAGCUCCAUUUUCGGUGGCGGUGACUACAAGAAGCACAGCAGCUCCAAGUCUUCAUUUUUGGUCUUCCAACCGGAAGCCGCUCCUCUUUUUCGGUCUUGGAAACCGCUCAUCCUACUACAAGCGCUCCCCACGCAAAGGCUUCAUGCACCGCGCCCUGAAAAAGCUAAAGGAUAUCCUGCGCGACCUCGUCAAAUAUGCCAAGCGCCACCCCAUGAAAGUCUUUCUCCUCGUCCUCGUGCCCCUCAUCACCGGCGGCGCUCUCACUGCCCUCCUCGCCCGCUUCGGCCUCCGCCUUCCCGCCGGUAUUGAGCGACUCCUCGGUGCCGCUACCCGCGCCGCCGCCGGCGACUCUUCUGGUCUUGUCGGCGAGGCUAUGAGAAUGGCGGGAGGCAUGGCUGGCGGUGCUGGCGGUGCAGCGGAGGCGAAGCGCGGGCGGGACGGCGACCUCAGGUGGGAGAGGAGCAGCGAAACGACUUCUUCAUGGGGAGGAGGCGGUGGGGAUGGCUGGGGGAACGGCAUGUCUAGCAUGAUAAAGAUGUUUACUUGA